ACCAGCUCGCAGCUUGUCAAUUUCAACAUCGGGUCACAUGACCAGCACCUCCCUGCUAAGGAUGGGGAUAGAUUUCCACGUCAGCUUACGUCUCCAAAUUUCUACUUCACGGAUCCGCUUCAAAGAGGCAGCUGCAGUGGAGAAUCAUGUUAAGCUCGGCUACUGCGGAGAGCCCAAGGUAGCCCAAUGAUGGAUUUUGAUGAGCGUGGUCCCUGCUCCUCUAACAUGUAUUUGCCAAGUUGUACUUACUACGUCUCGGGUCCAGAUUUCUCCAGCCUCCCUUCUUUUCUGCCCCAGACCCCGUCUUCGCGCCCAAUGACAUACUCCUACUCUUCCAACCUGCCCCAGGUCCAACCCGUACGCGAAGUGACCUUCAGAGAGUACGCCAUUGAGCCCGCCACUAAAUGGCACCCCCGCGGCAAUCUGGCUCACUGCUACUCCGCGGAGGAGCUCGUGCACAGAGACUGCCUGCAGGCGCCCAGCGCGGCCGGCGUGCCUGGCGACGUGCUGGCCAAGAGCUCGGCCAACGUCUACCACCACCCCACCCCCGCCGUCUCGUCCAAUUUCUAUAGCACCGUGGGCAGGAACGGCGUCCUGCCGCAGGCUUUCGACCAGUUUUUCGAGACGGCCUACGGCACCCCGGAAAACCUCGCCUCCUCCGACUACCCCGGGGACAAGAGCGCCGAGAAGGGGCCCCCAGCGGCCGCAGCGACCUCCGCGGCGGCGGCGGCGGCGGCAGCGGCAGCGGCCACGGGCACGGGCACGCCGGCAACUUCAAGUUCGGACGGCGGCGGCGGCGGCUGCCGGGAGGCGGCGGCGGCGGAGGAGGAGAAGGAGCGGCGACGGCGCCCUGAGAGCAGCAGCAGCCCUGAGUCGUCUUCCGGCCACACUGAGGACAAGGCCGGCGGCUCCAGUGGCCAACGCACCAGAAAAAAGCGUUGCCCCUACACCAAGUACCAGAUCCGGGAGCUGGAGCGGGAGUUCUUCUUCAGUGUGUACAUCAACAAAGAGAAGCGCCUGCAGCUGUCUCGCAUGCUCAACCUCACCGACCGUCAAGUCAAAAUCUGGUUUCAGAACAGGAGAAUGAAGGAAAAAAAAAUUAACAGAGACCGUUUACAGUACUACUCGGCCAACCCGCUCCUCUAAGGCUCCGGCCAGCUGGAAUUGGGUGGGGGGCUCCACACACGUGAGAUUGUAUGCAGAUUUUGCCCUUGACAAGGUCAAGGCACGUGGUGACUUUUGAAGAAAAGAGAUGUGCAAAAGCGGGGAGGCUACAAGGAGAUGGCCCCUAAGAAGGCGGCCUGGGACUCUCUUGGGCAUCUGUGGUUAACAUUCCUAACAAAAAUUGGAUUUGGAGAGUUGUGCAUCAACUAGAAUGAAUGGUUUGGGACCCCUGGUGGUUCAUUCCUGGAGACUGUGGAGCUUUGGGCUGGGUGUGGUCUCCAUCAGGACUGGGCCUCCUGCCAAGAGCCCUGGAGAUCGACCUGGGCCCAGGACCCUCCACAUGGAGCCUGCCCACCCCCAGGACCCCUGCAUCAAGAAGCUAUUCAAUCUUUAAACCCAGUUCAGCUUGGGGACAGGAGCAGGAGGAAGGGGGGAGGAUUCCUAGAUGUCUGGAGUGGGGCUGCUUUCCAAGGCCAAUGUGAAAGACCGCUGGACUAAGAGGUGGCUAUGAGGUGGAAGAGGGCUGCUGAUCCUGGCGGGGAAAAAAUCUAUUCCAGGUGGCAUUAGCGGCUCUCCACCCCUCCUAGCCACUCACGGCGUUGUCCGAGGCCUGAGCUUCUAGAAGUCGCCUCCGGCAGCCCACCUAGUUUUUCCUACCGAUGAGGGUCUUCUUCAUGGACUGCCACUCAGGCCUAAAGCCUGGUCGCAGAACAGACCUUUCCCGAGGUGGAAGACAUCAAAUAGCUAAGAGGCUGAGCCCAGGCCGCUGGCCCCGAGAUCUCUGCAGGAAAUGCCUGUGGAGUGCGGCAGCCUGGCAAAGUCUCCACUACACUUAACUGAAGCUUGGAUUUGCUCAGUGGAACAGUGGGCCUGGCCAGCGGUCCCCAGCUAUGAGGGGCUUGAGUCCCCAAAACACCCAGUCUGGCACCGCACUCUGCCCUUUGCGCCCCAGAACUGAGCUUGGAAGCUUCCGGCAACCUUCCAAGAGCUCAAGAGCGUUUGGAAUUAUUUUAAAAAAUAAAUAUUAUAUUAUAUUAUCUAUUUCCCUGCAGGAACCAAAGCGAAUUUUAAAAGAUGCAACGUAGAGAGGGAAAAAGAUGAUGAAGAGAAUAUUUAAAGGCUCUAUCUGUUUACAGUGUUCCACGGUUAAACUCACUCACUGCUAAAAAAUAUUUGAAUGUACGCUUCAUACAGGGAUGGUGUUCAAAAGACUUGUAAAUAAAAGAACCAUAACCUAUUUUGUUUGGAUACUUCUUAAAUUUUGCCAUUAGUUGAUUUCCUUGGGGUGUUGGAGGGGCGGGAAGGGUGUUAGGAAUGACCUUUUUAAUUUCUUGCAAUGUUUGGGAAGCAUUAGGGGGAUGCUUUGAAGUACUUUGGCCCUCCAGGGUCUGGGGACCUCAGCUGAGAAAGCCAACCACCUUCCCAUUGAAUUUCCUCUGCCUCCCUGUUUUAAGAAGUGUCUGGUGGCUCUGUUUGUAACGAGUGUUGACCUGUCCUCCGUUCUCACCCACCACGUAUGUCGCAGCAUGUAUACAGGCGACAGGGCACAAGGAAAAUAAA